AUGGGUUUUACUGGUAAGGGUUCUGAAGAAGAACAAAAACCACAAUGCGUGUUAUGUUUUGAUGUAUUAUCAAAUGAGGCACUAAAACCAUCAAAACUAAAAAGACAUCUAGAAACCAAACAUAAAGAACAUGUUACGAAAACCAUUGAUUUUUUUAAAAAUAUAGAAUUUGAAUUAAGGAAAAAUAUGAAAU